AGCAGAGAAAGAUCCAGCCUCCCCUCCUGCCCGGCUGCCUGGGCUCUCAGCCUGCAGUUUCCUCCAAGGCUCUGGAUUGGUCCGAGGGCGACAGAGGGCUGGGAAGAGCCUCUAUAUAUUCCUCAGAGGGAAGGGCAGCCCCAGCCAGCGCUGAAGGUUGCAGACUCUUCUCUGCAGUUAAGAAGUUGUGCUUGACGCUGAGGAGCGAAACCCGUUGCCAAAAUGUGCAAAGGACUCGCAGCUUUGCCCCACUCAUGCCUGGAAAGGGCCAAGGAGAUUAAGAUCAAGUUGGGAAUUCUGCUCCAGAAGCCAGACUCGGCCGUGGACCUGGUCAUCCCGUACAACGAGAAGCCGGAGAGACCAGCCAAGACCCAGAAACCCUCGCCGGAGGAGGCCCUUCAGUGGCGUGAUUCCCUGGACAAGCUCCUGCAGAACGACUACGGACUUGCCAGUUUCAAAAGUUUCCUGAAGUCUGAAUUCAGCGAGGAAAACCUGGAGUUCUGGAUUGCCUGUGAGGACUACAAGAAGCUCAAGUCCCCUGCCAAGAUGGCCGAGAAGGCAAAGCAAAUCUAUGAAGAAUUCAUCCAAACAGAGGCCCCUAAAGAGGUGAACAUUGACCACUUCACCAAGGACACUACGAUGAAGAACCUGGUGGAACCUUCCCUGAGCAGCUUUGACGUGGCCCAGAAACGCAUCCAUGCCCUGAUGGAGAAGGAUUCGCUGCCUCGCUUUGUGCGCUCUGAGUUUUACCAGGAGUUAAUCAAGUAGUAAUUUAGUCAGGCUACGAAAAUCUUCCUGGGAGUUACUUCCUCCACCAUAACCUGCAUUUGCCAGUAACCUACAUAUCUUCCCACAGCAGCUUUGCUCAGAGAUAUUAGGGAGUAUUGCUUGCUCUCGUUCCCCCAUACUGUUUUGGGUGUUUAUUCUCCAAAUGCCUUCCUGCCCCACUUUCUUCUUCCUGCCCCAUUCUUAGUUGAGCUCUACUCAGUUAGUAGUCAUAGGCAAUGAGAACCGCAGAAAAAUCCUUCCUAAGGCAAAGAGUUAAAGACGAGAAUAGAUCAUUACAUGUGGAUUUGGGCAGUAGAUUUCCACCUAAAUUGGUCUGAAAAAGAACGUGGGUGUGUAAAGACCAAUUUCAAGGGAGCUUAAUUGAUCUCACUUGUUUUAAUUCUGAUCCAGGGAGAUCACCCCUCUAAUUAUUUCUGAUUUGGUUAGUAAAAGAUUAUAUGAUUUUUAUAAGACAGCCACUAUUUGAUAUUUUAAGCAAAUACAGUAUUUAAAAUAUUGGUCUUUCCUUGGAGCACCUUCACGUUGCCUGGAUAUAAGUAAGAGACACAACACAACCAUGAAAAUAUGGUGUUUAUACAAAAUCAAUCUGAACACAAUUCAUAGCAAGUCUUUCCUUACACCUCCCUCACUGCCCCCCCAUAAAGUUACCAAAUUCUAUUUUAAAUCAACAACCUAACAUUAAAAAAAGAAUGAUUUUAUAAAUGUAUCUAUGCUCCUAGCAUAUAGUUCAAAUGUUUCAGUUUCCAAAUUAUUGGAAAUCCUGGUGAGGGUAAAAUUCCAAAUUUCUAAUUCUACUCCUGUAAAAUGAAACUGUCUCUCCAGUGGGGUGGUCUCCCCCCUCAAUAUAAAGAGGGUUGUACUAAAAAGGGAAAACGUUAUUAAGCUUAAAUGGCUAAUUAUCCUAUGGUGUUACUAUCAUAGGAUAAUGACAAUUAUCUUCAAAACACCAAACCAUCCUUGGGAAAAUUAAGGUGACUAUAGAUAGAGGCUUUCUAAGUGAGACAUUUUCAAGUACCCUGCAUUUUGCAAAAAAUAAAUAAAAAUGUGAUCUUUUAGUAACUCUAACCUUCCCUCACUAUUUUGCCUCCUGCAUUAGUCAAUUGUGCUUAUAGUCAAAAGUACAGAUUUAUACUCCUGACAUGCCUCAUACACAGCUAAUUGACAGGCCAUGGUAUUUUUUUAGUAGGUUUAAACCUCUAAUUCUGUAUGUUAUCAUUAUAAGUCUUGUUAGAAUUUUUUUCCAAUCUCUAGUAGCUUUUAUUAAGUAAUGAUUCACAUAAUUUAGUGGUAAAUAAAAUCAAACUAAGCCAUGUAUGAGGAUAAUCAAGAUGAGGAUAUAGAGUUUAUUCAAAAGAAAGAGGGUGGUUUUUAAAGGAUUAAUAAAACGAUGAACUGUUUAAGUAGAAGAUUACAUUGUUUAGUCUUGUUUUCCUCUUUUUGUUUCCAUUUUUAUUCUACACGCUCCUAGUUUCCCAUAUGUAGCUCAUUUAUUCAGUUAUUUACUAAGAGUGUUGAAAGUGAAGCAACUAUGUUAUGCUGUUCUUCAGAUAAACACUAACUGUGCUUGUUGGAUUUUUCCUAUUUUUGUGAUUUCAAAGGAUUACGUGCCCUUCCCGAAUGCUUGCCGUUUGGCAUUCUGAAAUGGGUGGAGUGACUGGGUACGCAGCCAAUAAUUGCUAGUGAUACGAAUUCAUUCGUAUUUGUCAGUAUUGCCCACUGCAAAGAAACUCCUUCAUCAAGCAGCUCAGAGCAAGGCCGGAUCAACACGGUGAUCGUGAAGUUCUCACUGUAUGAAUUUGUGUGGGAUUGACAAGGAACUCUGAUACGAAUUCCCAGGGUGCACUUCUAGAACAAUCUCCCUCAACAUCUGCCUACACUGCCUCAGAUCAGUAGAAAAAGUGCCGGCCCUCUACUUCCUAACACAGCUAAACAUGUUAGGAACCGAAGAACCUAGGUGAGUUAUUUUUUCUUGAAUGCCAAAAGAUUUUUAAGAAAACAAUUUAAUCUAAUUAAAAAUUCAAAGAUUUGAUUCACACUAUUUGCAAUAUACAAAUGUUUGAAAAUGCCCAGAGAAUUAACUAGAUACUACAGAUCUUACCCAGAUAAUUGAUGUUACGAAGACUCCGAUGAACUGUAUUUACGAAUUGACCGCACACGCUAGGAAAGUGGGUAGACUUGUCAGUGGACAAUCGGAGGCCUUACCUUCUCGCAAGCUGGAUGUGGAAGGCAGAGGGCAGGAAAGGGGUGCCACAGGGCAAUGCAGUGAGGGCCGCAAGACAAUGAGAGAAGGAAUGUCCUUCAGUCAAAUGGUGACUUUGUAUCUAUCUAUAUCUAUCUAUAUAUAAUUUUACAUUUAAAGCGGCAUGCACUCACACUCACAUACACAUAUUAAAAACUCCUCUAACAUAUGAAAUAGUAAAAUUAAAAAUACAAAUAUUCUAGCCCAAAACGAGAAACUAAACAUAGUGCUCUAGAAAAUUUUUUUGAAAGUUUUUUGAAACAUAGAGAAGAGAAACAAAACCUGUGUCACUGGUAAUUUCCGUGGUGACACAAGGAAAAUACGUUCUUUUCAUUUUGGGAAUUUAUGAACAGUGGGAUGAUCUUUCCAGGAAAAACAGUGUAACUCCUGCGUAUCACUCCCCUGCCCUCCUCCCCAUUUCCCUGAGUCAAUUGCCUGGGAAAGUGUGAGUUUGCAGCAAGAGCCCUGUGGUGCUUUGCUCCUCCCCUGUGAAGCUGUAACCACAGCUGUGAGUGAAUUUGGGAUGUAGACAGGUGGUGGAACCAAACUGUGGUCAAUGGAAAUUGGAGUACAUGCUUCUCACUCCUGAGAGAAACCUAAGAUCAGCCCAUGUAACAGCCCACGACCUGCCUUUCUGUCCAGGUCUGAUACAGUUUGGAGUUGGGCUCAGAGUAAGAUCUCAGCUGACCGGGCCAGAGAGACAGAGUAUCAACUCCACAGUUAAUUAGGAGGCUAUGUUCCAUGUUCAUCUGAUAAAGCAGUGCUUGUUCAUGAGAACAACACUUCAUCUUACCCCUAGGCACACAAAUACACACACAUACGUAAUUUUCUUUGGCCCAGAUAGAUACCUUUUGAAAUGCAGAACUGAGACAUUUCAAUAAAUUUGUUUUCAAAUCAAUAAAGUCAAAUAUAUGGAAACAUUUGGUGCCCUACUGCCCAUGCACUCCAAUUCUCUAUUGUAUAAAUGAUGCUUUAGGAGGAUUUCAGUUUUUAAUGCAUAAGGAGAAGAACUUAGUGAAAGAGUUUGUUUUUAUUUCCAUCCUCUACAAAGCCAUAGGUUUUACUUGAUUGAUGUGAUCUCAUACACAAUAUAUCUCAAUGUGAUGGAGCUAUUAAUUACUUCCCCAAGAAUAAUAGGUGUGCAGAAGUUUCCACAAAAACUUGGCCAUUAACAAAUCAAUUGAUAAACUAAUAAGCAUCCCUUUCUUGGGCCUUGCCAAACUAUGCCAUACCAAGUUUGAUAAUUUGAGAAUCAUUUAAAAGGCUCGUUAUAUAUUUCAGGAAAUGAUUUUUAUUCCUGAAACUGUUCCCUCUAGGAGACCAUUUUCCCUGUUUCCUAGGAAUUUAACAAGUUUGGAAGAGAAUGGGUCAGGAGAAGAAGGGGAAGACAGAAGAGAAGGGAAGUGUCAAAGAAGUGAGUGCCCAGACUAGGAAAUUAACUCAUCUGCUGGGAACCUUUUAAGAGCAGUUCAGCUUGAUUGAAAACCAAACUGCUUCUUACUAUCAUCUUCCGUAUUUGUAGGAAGGCAUUUCUUAACUCACAAUGCAACUAGAGGAAAAACUUCAUUUUAGCAUUCUAGAAAGUCUUGACUAGAGAAUAGAGUAAACACGGAGGAUCUCUUUUCCCUAUGUGGCUUGCAUGUGCCAGAAAGCAGAGAAGGGAGAAGGUAGUUUCCAGCAUCCAAACAUCCAAACCCAAGGGCCGGGCCACUCUACGUAGGUUUUGGACAUAAAUCUCAGUGCAUCUUGGUAUAUCCUGACUGAAUUGCUAUUAGAGCCAUCUGAUUUUCUAGUCUCUUCAUUCCAUUAGACAAGUAUGUAUUUAACACUUGCUCGGCACAAGGCUCUUUGGCUAACAAUUUAGCAGCUGCUCUGUGUGUUAAAUACACCUUUCUCCAAAUAGUUCUUGGGGCAAACCAGAACAAUAGAUAUUCAAAGAGAGGCCUUCCCAGCACCUCUUAACCAUCCAGAAACUAGAAAGGUCAACUCUUUCAACUGAGGAGACAUUGAGGGCUUUGAAUGGAAACUCACGGCAGAGAGUGACAGGCCAAAAGACAAACAACAAACAAACCAAUAAAAGCAAAACACUUUGGAAUCCGAUCUUUAACUCACAGUUUGAUAAUAAUCUUAUUUUUCUAGUGGUGAAGCUACGAAUUAACCUCUUAAUUUUCAUAUCCAGUUUAAUAAGCCUCUUGCAAAUUAACUGUUCUUUCAUCUGAGAUAUUUUUCCCCCACACCUCUCUUCCUCUUCUCCCUCUGCAAGAGAAAUUACUUAAAAUAGUUGAAUCUGACCACAGUUAUCUAACAAUACAUAAAAACCACUUAACUUCCUAUCUAGGAAAAUGUACAGUCUAAGGCAUAGACAAAACAAAGAAAAACGCUGAGAAAUUUGCCACUGGAGACAAGUAAUCUAAAUAAUUUUUGCCAAAACUUCUUUUUAUGUCAUCUAGUAUCAGAAUUUGGAAAAACUUUUUUUUUUUUUUUUUGAAAAUGAUGCAACUUGCAACUCACCUGCAUGAGACACAGGCAGGAGAAAUAAAAGGUUUAUAAAUCCAUUUGUAAGCAUUUAUCCAGUAUGUUUUAAAUUCAGAAAUAAUUGCGAUUGUCUUCUGACUUUUGUAUUCAAUACUUUAUGUACUGUAUGACUCAGACUUCUUAAUAAAUAAGGCAUCAAAUAUGUAUCUGUAACCACAAUCACAUACAUUAAAUAUAUAUCUAUGUAACAACCUCA